UUCAGAUAAUUGGAAUCUUUUUUUCUGUAGUUCAGUAGUGAUUGUAGGAACCUGAUGUUGCUAACAUUUAUUUAUCUCAGUAUAUAGAUAGCCAAAUACACAGACACACAAGCUAGUGUAUAUUUACAUUUGUACAUAAACUCAUACACAAGUUUCUAGCUUAUUAACAGGAUUUCACUGCUACUCAUUGUAGAAAUUUCUAAUCUGAUUAAUGGCUGGAUGAUUGAAUACAUGAAUAAAGCAGAUUUUAUUAGGAUUUUUCAUUACUUAAAAACAUAAAAAAUACUAGAUAUAUAGUUACAGUGUAUAGAGAAGAAAUCAAGAAGACAACUUUCUUCAUAGUUCAUGUACCAUUAUGAGGAAUUCACUUUAUGAAAUGGGAACCUGUUAUUACAGGAAUCACUGACGUUCAGCGAUGUGGCUGUGAAGUUUACCUGGGAGGAGUGGCAGCUCCUGGACCUUAAUCAAAGGAAGCUGUAUCAAGAUGUGAUGUUGGAAAACUAUCGCAACCUGGUGUUUGUGGGUGAGGGCAAUUCUCCCGUGUCACUGAACAGGGUAUCAAGCUAGCAAACCCAAUGUACUCUCCAGGUUGGAACAAGGAGAACAACUAUGGAAUAUAUUAGAUGACAGCCAUAGUGGAAUUUGUUCAGAAAUGUCAAAAUUUGAUGAUCAUCUGCCUAGGCGCUGGCAAAAUAAAAGGAAAGUGGAUGGAAUGGGAGCACGCAAUGGACAUGUGGCAAAAAAUCGUGAUUUACAUAAAAAAGCCCAGAGGUCACAUUUAACAUUAAGCCACCAGAGCAGAAGUUUCGACAUCAAGAAUUGUGCUGGACUUAACCCUAAGCAGUGUGGUACUGAAACUGUAUUCCCUGAAAGUGGUAUACCCAACACCACUAAGUCCCAACUCAUUAAGCACCAGAAAACUCACAAGAUAGAGAAACCACAUGUGUGCAGUACAUGUGGGGAAUCCUUCAGCAAGAAGUCAUGCCUCAGUCUUCAUCAACUAAUUCAUACUGAAGAGAUCCCCCAUAAAUGCUCUCUAUGUGGGGAAGCUUUCUCUAAAAAGUACGAGCUCACUGAACAUCAUCAAAGAAGUCAUAAAGGACAAAAACCUUAUGAAUGCCCAGAAUGUGGGAAAGCCUUUUUCUGUAACUCAAAGCUCAAUAAACAUAAGAGAGUUCAUUUGGCAGAGAAACCCUAUAUAUGCCAAGAAUGUGGGAAAGGCUUUAUAGAGAAGACAUUUCUCACCAUUCAUCAGCGAACACAUACUGGAGAAAAACCCUUUGAAUGUAGUCAAUGUGGUAAAGCCUUCGUCCAGAAGGGAAAUCUCAUUAUUCAUCAGCGAAUUCAUACUGGAGAGAAACCCUUUGUAUGUGGUGAAUGUGGUAAAGGCUAUAGCCAGAAGUCAUGCCUCAUAGCACAUCAGAGAUUUCAUACAGGAAAGAGUCCCUAUGUAUGUAGUGAAUGUGGAAAAUCUCUGACCCAGAAGGCAAGUCUCAUCAGACAUCAGAAAUGUCACAGAGAGAAACUCUUUCAGUGCAUUAAAUGUUCAAAAACGUUCCCCACAAAGCACCAGCUUAUCGUCCACCAAAUAACUCAUAUAGGAGAGAAACUCCAUGAUUGUAGCCAGGGUGAAAAAACUUCUCCCUACGUGUCUAGCCUUACUAGACAUAAAAGAAAACACUCAGGAGAGAGGCAUGUAGACUCAGGCAAGGUAGGAGACCUUUCCACACCUAGUCAUGUCUCAUCCCGUACCAGUGAUCUUAAACUAACCAAAAACCCAGUGAUUAUGCCAAUGGGAGCUCAGACAUCAAUAAACAGUAGUCAGCUAACAAAUAGGAAUGUACUUCUCGUAGGACAGCCUGUUGCCAGAAGUGAACCAUCAGGAGAUAACAGAGUAUGUGUGCCGCAGAGAAUCCUUACGAAUGUAGUAAAUGUAGUUCCUUCAGUGUCCAAUUACAUCUUAUUUUAUGUGCCACAAAACCUGUAGGAAAAACAUGACAUUCACUGAAAACUGGUUAGCAAAAAGUUCUACACCAUAUAACUACAGAGUGUCCUUAGUGGGGAAUCACGAAUGCAAAACCAGAAAACUUCAUAAGCUCAUCCUAAAUCAAUAAUGGUUCAGUGUUAAAAAAAUCUGAUUUCCCCCGUGGUGCAUAUCCAUUGAUUGCGCUGUCAAAUAACAGGUCCAGAUGGACUUUUCAUUUGUGUAUAACAAGAAAUGUGGAUUCUUAAAACAAAAGAUCAUUAUCAUCUGAAA